AAUAAUGUUUACUUUCGUUUCAGCUGCACAGGGAUUCGGGCAGCAUCCGAUCCCCGGGCCACGAGAGAUGGGCACGUAGUGUCGUUCACUGCUGUUAAAUCCAGAUCAAACCACGUCACCCCGUGCAUUCGUUAAUCCCGCCUACCCCCUUGUCAAAGCAUCAAGCCAACUCCCAGUCACCUAUCAACCUCGAUUAUGCCGGGAAAGCGACCUUCGGAAACAGCCUCCUCCUAGAUUUAUCUGGUUCUUACAGCCACCCAUUAUCAGCUCCACACGGCAUGACCUAGAUACCCAUCGAUAGCGCCACCAUGAGCGAAGACCAAGACUCGGAUUCAACAACAACCGAGUACCAGUUUGUAUUCGGUACAGACCAGCCAGGCGCCCGCAGCCAUGCGAUGCGACAGUUCUGGAGGAGGAGGCACCAGGCCCUCCAAAGUUCCCCCCAGACCACUCGACCUCAGCUUAGGACACUACUUCCGAAGGACUAUAGCUCAGAGAGCAGAGGGUAUCAGGAGGAUGCAUCACAGGGUCAGACCCCCGAUCUACCAGAGGGUGAAGGUCAACAAGGCUCCGCCUACGCGCAAUCUCCAGCUUCAGAUGUCGUUCACGGGCAUCAGUCCUCGAUAAUUCAAGGGCCAGGCCCCAAGUUCCCGAUAGAUCUGUCGGCUAAAGACCAAGAAAUCUUCUCUUCAUGGCUCGAUUUAAAUGCUAGCUUUGGCCCCGGCUUGUCAGAGAGUACUGGGUUCGACCCUGUACGUGAUGUCUGGUUACCUUUGGACCUAUCGAAUAGUGCCUCGUUUUGUGCAUUGAUGGCUCAUGCGGCAGCCCAUGUCGCACACCGUCAAGGCCAGACAAAGUCGAUAGAAUCGGAAAAGUUCAGGACCCUGGCUGUGGGCAUCAUCGCGAAAUGGCUGGCCGAUGAAAGAAGAUCGACACAGGAUGACACGAUUACGGCUAUUGCACGCCUCCUGAUGUUCGAGGUGAAUCAGAAAUACUGGGCCAUCGAUGACCAAUGGCGUGCCCAUAAAAAUGGCCUUGUCAGCGUCAUUAAUGCAAGGGGUGGGGUAGAGAAUUUUCGGUCAAGUUGGCGUCUUCAUAUGGUUCUCUUCCUGGCUUUUUCUCUGGCAGAGCCGUCAAGAAAUUCCUCCUCAGCGCAUGUCUGGGAAAUCUCAGAGUACUUUACCCCCGCCACCGUGCAUCCAGCAAUCGAACUUCGACUACACCAGGUUAACCCAAAGGCCUCCCAAGGACUGAUCGCCUACCCUGAUAUUCAUGAAACGAUAACAUCUCUGGCGAGUUUCUCAAACUUAUCGGGAAACGCAUCGCCCAAUGUCCAAGAUCAUACACUCCUCUGCUUGUUCCUACUUGCUGUGAUAUUUCAAGAGUCACUCUACUCAUCAUCGCCGGAAUUUGGUCGCUCCUUCACCGACAAACUGCCAGUAUUAAACGAAGCUCUGUCUAAGAGCAAGAGUAUAUGGAAACGUUCUUCGCAGGAGCUAUAUGAGUUUCUGAUGGAGGAUCAUUUCAAUCUCCUGCUCAGCCCCUCAGCUCGCAGGUUCAUCACAAAGGUGGCCCAAAACCUGGUUUAUUUGAAUGAGUCCGCACAAGCAGCUGUCGCAAAAUGCCUUCUCAAUAAACUUCUCUGGCAGAGCCAAGACGUGAAGGCUGAUUCACAUCUCCAAAGUGAUGGACCGCGUUGAUUAUAAGUUGAGCGAUAUGCCACUCAAUGGUACUGUCCAGGAGGCUAUCGAGCAGCACCACGCUGAAUGUGAUGUCUGUACUACAUAGUAUAGACAGCUGCUAGCAGAUAACGUCUCUUUACAUCUUUCUCGAUCCGUACUCCAUUCUCCAUCAGGUAAGGCCGUCAUAACCACGACAUCAACGUACAAAUCACUC